AUGAAAGAGACCAUUGACACACUUCUUUUGUGUAGAAAACAUUUAUCAUCAGUGCUUCGUUUGAUCGAAUAUGGACAGCGAUUCUUUGACCCUCAUGCUACGCAAGAGAUUUUGGACGAGUUUUUGCCGAAAUUCACCACUCACUCCGUAUCGAAUGCCAUCAUGGCUCAAGGGUACCUGGUGCUCUUCUUACCCACCGCUAUUCCGCGCCACUCCAUCACACAUCAGCCAAUGGCCCAGGAUGCCAUGGCACCCUCGGACUAUUUACCCACCAUUUUCACGCUUUGGUCCAUUUUUACCUGUUCAUCUACUUACGAUGCCCAGUUUACUGAUAUGCUGGCACGGAUUGCCGAAGACAAUGUCGAUACUCACACACACCGACAAGUGGGGAUCUUUACCAAAGACCAAGUCAAACAAAUCUUUACCGUCUGUUUGCGAAUGAUGAAUUUGCCCGUCGGCAGUCGAAGCGAUGGCGGCGGUAGUAUGGGUAGUGGCGCCACCGGUGGCAGCUCCACAGGCUAUGGGAACAAUGGCCUCAAAGUAGACAUUAAGGCUGGUAACAGUUUAUUUCUUCGACGCAAGCCGAAAUUUAGAUCCUUGGCUCGAUUUAUGGUGUAUACCAUGUUCCCUGAACGCGGUGAUGCAUCGAAUGAUACCGAAGUGUGUUAUACGUUGGAUCUUUUGCGAGACUUGAUUCAAGCCAUUGAACUUUAUUACCAUCCCUCGAACCAUGGAUCGUGGUCAUAUUACCUGACCACCUUUGCGCGCCAUUUAGCCGCCGAAUUUUUACGAAGAUGGAGAGAAGAGCAAGAGGAAGAUUGUCAGACGCCCGCGGAACGCAGAUUAACUCCAACUAUUCGAGACCAAUUUGUGUUGAUUUUACGUCCGGUGACGUAUCUCAGCAUGUUUGGCAAGGAUCAAUAUACUGUCGGUGCCAGUCAAUCCACGUUGAAGUAUCUUUCUUGGAUUCAGCCUUCAUUGAUUUUCCCUGGAUUGCUGGAAAGGAUUUAUCCCUCCUUGGAAACAUUGACAGAGACCCAUCGUACAUCAAGCGCUUUGAGCAUUUUGGCCGACACUGCUCUUCCUCUCUUCAGUCGCGAUCAUUAUCCUGCAGGCGGAAAACAUUUGCUCCCUUUAUUGCAUCUCGCACUUCCCGGCAUCGAUAUGAACGAUCCCAUCAAGACCAUUGCAUCCUUGAUGUUUAUUGCCAACGCUGUCAUGUCUAUUCCCGUGGUGGAUUUGGCAGAUAGUGAGAGCUAUUAUAAUCCUGCCGUCGAUUACAGUCAUCAGCGGGAAGGCAUGGAUUUGGAUGCAGACCAGGAUGCUGAGCUGUCGCGCGAAAUGGAAGAUCAGUUGUGCCGCGCCACCACAGGAGAGUUUGAAGAAUGGCUAGCGAAAUUCAUGCGUCGUGUAUUUACCAUUUUUGAAAAUUUGCCGCAGCAUGACAGGAAGAAACAGAGUGGGGCGAUGGAAGCCGGGUUGACGCAAACACUGCUGCAUGCAUGCGAUAUCGUGUUUGGUCAAUUGUCGGAACCGUUGUAUGAUUUAGCGCUUCGUAUGGUGGUGGAUUUUGCAAGCGAGCAAGUGCUUCCGAACGCUGUUCGUGCCACGGGGAUGCUGUGCGAUUCCAUCACUUCGGCGAAUCCACAAAAAGCGGCCAAGCGAUUUUUCCCGUUGUGCAUCAAUAAUAUCAUGGUGGAGCUGGAACACGGAGCUUCAUCCACCAUCACUAAUUCCUCGACAUCGAACCCGAUUCAGUCAGAUUCCAGUUUCCAUUGGUAUCAAAACAUUUUAUUCUCGGUAGUUUCUAUGAUGGGUAGCGAGCUCCUUCGAUACAAAAAGGACAUCUUGGCCGCAUUGAAAGAAAUGGUCAGCAAAUGUAGAAGUAGACGUGGUAUCAUGUGGACUGGCAAAGUCCUGAGAAACUGCUUACGGACACUGCUCGAAACCUAUCCCAUGGAAUUCCGCAGUGCCACUCCUCGAGAAUGGGCAGACAAAGAGUAUAUGGGUCAGUCUUACAAGACGUGGGGCAAACCGGGAGAUCCGGCUGCUCUGGAGAUCCAAUGGCACACGCCGUCAGACGAAGAAAAAGCAUUCGCUUCUGAACUUCUCGAUACAUUCCUUGAUCCAUCGCUCACACGAUUGCAAGAACUGAUGACCGACAAUGCCCUGCAAGAUAAGCCCAGUAACGCACAUGCGUUGACCAACGAGUUUUGCCGACAUUUGGCGGUAAUUCGCAAUUGCUUGAUUGGCAGUUGGACCAUGGUGGAAGAUGAUGGCAUGGAUGACGCCUCGGUAGAUGAUGACAGUCAUACAACGGAAGAAAAUGCCUUGUAUUACGGUACAUCCCAUCGACUGGUGGCAGGGUAUGCUUUUACCGAUUUCAACGAUCCACGUACCCAAAAAGCACGAUCCUACCGCAAACGCAUUGGCGAACUGAUCCACCAAGCCGCCAUUCAUUUCAAAACGGAACGAGAAAACGACGUGGAGAGUAUUAAAAUUCUCAUCAAGAUCUGUCGUACCUUUUUAUCUGAGCGUGGCGUUGAAAAACUCCACUUUGAACGCAGUAAAAGCAGUUACAGUUAUGCCAAGAAUAUUUGCAGGACGCCACUCUGCCAUAAACGAUAUCCUCGACAUCUACUAGUACGUCGUGCUUAUAAUUUGCACUUGCUACGCCUUCGACAAAACACUCAGGGUCGAUUAAGAACUACGCUCCACGAUGCGCUUUUACGUGAUUUGCUGGAUUUCUCAUUGAGCGCUUAUCCAGAAAUUCGCAAGAUGAGUCAAUCUGCGUUGCCAGCAACAGCACGCAAUUUUUUGGGUUCCAAGUCCAUCAUUAUUCCCGUCUUGUUAGAAGCCUUGCAACCGCAAACCAACGUGGAAGCGUCGGUUGCUUCGAAUCGAAUGAAAGGAUCUCUUUAUUUGCUGACGCACAAAUCGAUCUUGAUGGCCUGUUUGCGUGAUUGGCGCUACAUUCCCAAAUUUAUCACGACCCUGUGUCAAGCUCAACAUGAAGAUAAGAUCUCGAUCCAAGAAUUGAUCCGCAAGAUCUAUCUCGAGUACGUGACUUAUUUCAGCGGCUUGAUGUUCCGUGUGCUCAGUCCAGACGACAUGGACGAGGUGUUGAAAGGAAUUGCGCCAGUGGAGAUUGAAAAAUCCGAGUACAUCCAUCAAAAGGUGGAAGAACGUGAAUCCAUGCAAAUGGAGGCUUACCGUGGACUGGUAGACGAUCUUUUAUCGCUUCUACAGAAUGAUCGCAUGCAUUGGCGAUUUGCGGCCAUGGCUGCCAACUUUUUGGAGCUGUUUUUGAAGCCGGAGCUUGCCCCGACAGCCGCCUUGGCCGAUUUUGCCAAUAAGUGCACCUUGUCAGAAUUACCGCCUCUGAGACGGACCGGUGUCGAAGCAACGAGCCGUCUUUUGCUUUACAUUAAGCAACGCACCUUUGCCCGUGGUAACGAAGAUCUGUUCAUCACUCAUGAAACACGUAACCCGCUGAAAUACGAGGUGACGGUGGGAAAAGACACGCUUCAUUCGGCACCACAACUUUUGGGCGCAUCUCCUUUGAUAGAUAGCACAGUGACGGGUUGGUACGUUUGGCCGGCGUCGUACGAAGCGUAUGCGCCUUGCACAAGUGAGAGUUUGUUUGCCGAGGUAGAUGAAGCGAGCCAAGGCGCUUUCGACCGAUUUCGAGUAACGUUUACUUCCGAGAGUUACUGGAAAAAACUUUUGGAGUACAUGUCGCAGGAAUUCAAUCAGAAGCAGGAAGACUGUUUCGGCGUAAGUCACGGGCGAUUCUAUGUCAGUAUUUUCCAAAUGUUCCAAGAUGAGCCUAUCGCGACGGUGCGACCUGUCUUGGAGGAACUGUGUUAUUCCGCAGAUCAAAAGAGCAGGCAGCGAGCCGCGGCUGAACUGACGGGAGGAAUCAUUCGAGGUAGCAAACAUUGGAAUAGCACCAAGAAGCAACGCCUGUGGGACUGGAUCAUUCCCGUCCUGAGAAAGACCUUGGCCAAUAUUACUCCCGACUGUCUAAGUUACUGGGAAAGUUUUGUACGGUUUUGCGCCGCCAACCGUGAUCCGAGACGUAUUCGACCGCUUAUCGAUUUGAUCCUGGAAGCCGAGUUUGAUCCUUCUUCCGAUGCGGCGUUUUCGGAAUCGCGGAAAUUACUAUUGAUUCGUGCUUUGAUCACGUCGCUGAAAUGGCGCAGUCUUCCAGUCUGUGAUGCACCGUUAUCAAUGUAUAUGCAAUACAUACAACAUCCAUACAAACAAGUUCGAGAAGUCAUUGGCGGAAAUAUCAACAGUAUCAUGCAAAUACAAUGGGUACCUUCGGCGCCGUCGGUAGCUGAUCUCAUCCAGAGUCAUCAUGACGGAGAUGGCGUAGGUAAUGUGCCAACCCAUCUGCAAGGCCAAGCCGAGCAGCAGUUGUCGACAUUAAUGAAAAAUAUGGAUCAAUGGUGGGAAGAAGCCCAAUCGCAACCGAUGGCCGCUUCCAGUCAUUUCGCCAAUGCCAGUAAAACAGUUCUGUGUUGGCUUCAUGCGGCCUUGACGCAGUGGCGUGUCGCUGGAACGUUGGCUCUCGUUGUUCCCUUUUUACCACGCAUCUUUCAAAUGCAAGAGAUCAAUGACGAUCAGGAUCUGCAACAAAUGGCUGGGCGCGUAUUGCGACUGAUGGCUCAGGUCUCUUAUCCGCCUUCCAUGGUGUGCACUAUGAUUGAUCAGUUUGUGGCAAUUCUUACCACCUCAUCGAGCUGGCAUAUGCGUAUCCGAGCUUUGCCGAUCUUGCAAAUCUUUUAUUUCAAACAUUUAUUUGUCAUGAACAGCGAUCAAGUGCUGCGUAUUAUGAGUGUGAUCAGUAGUAUGCUGCUUGAUUCGCAAAUAGAGGUGCGUCAAUUGGCUUCCGUGACUCUGGGUGGAUUGGUGCGAUGUUCGCAGCGCGAUGCAAUCAGUAUGCUGAGAGCUCGUUACUCCAAGUUAUUGAAUACCAAAAUUCCCAAACUUCGACGUGAUAUAGUAACGGGUAAAGCCAUCGAGCCUGCCGGGUAUGGUGAAGCGAUCCUUCAAAAACAUGCAGGCGCCCUCGGUUUAUCAUGUCUCGUCAGUGCCUUUCCCUACGAAGUACCCAAAUGGAUGCCAGAUGUUCUUUGCCAAUUAGCAAGCUGUCAAUCCGAUCCAGCCGAAAUCCAAGCAACGAUUCGCAAGACGUUUUCGGAUUUUAGACGAACGCAUUCGGAUACAUGGCAUGAGGAUAUGAAUCAAUUCGAUGAAGAUCAGCUAUCCAUUUUGAACGAUAUGCUCAUUUCUCCCUCCUAUUACGCUUAG